GGGCUGAGCCGAGCCGAGCCGAGCCGAGCCGCUUCUCCGCCGGGUGGCCAUGGAGUACACGCCGCCCCCCAAGCCGCAGCUCUCCUCCCGGGCCAACGCCUUCUCCAUCGCCGCCCUGAUGUCGAGCGGCAGCUCCAAGGACAAGGAGUCCCCCGAGAGCACCAUCAAGCCGCUGGAACAAUUCGUUGAGAAAUCCUCUUGCGCCCAGCCUUUGAGUGACUUAUCCAGCCUGGACCCUCACGGGGAUUUUAGCACCAGCCCUUCGUCCCUGUGCACCGAGCCCCUCAUCCCCACCACCCCCAUCAUCCCCAGCGAGGAGAUGGCCAAAAUUUCCUGCAGCCUGGAGACCAAAGAGCUCUGGGACAAGUUUCACGAACUGGGUACCGAGAUGAUCAUCACCAAAUCCGGGAGGAGAAUGUUUCCUACGAUCAGGGUUUCCUUCUCCGGAGUGGAUCCUGAAGCCAAGUACAUUGUGUUAAUGGAUAUAGUUCCUGUGGACAAUAAAAGGUACAGAUAUGCCUACCACAGGUCUUCCUGGUUAGUGGCUGGAAAAGCUGACCCUCCACUCCCUGCAAGGUUGUACGUGCACCCUGACUCCCCAUUCACGGGAGAGCAACUGCUGAAGCAGAUGGUGUCCUUCGAAAAAGUCAAACUCACCAACAACGAGCUGGAUCAGCACGGCCACAUCAUUUUGAACUCCAUGCACAAGUACCAGCCAAGGGUCCACAUUAUUAAGAAGAAGGAUCACACGGCUUCUUUGCUAAAUCUGAAAUCGGAAGAGUUCAGGACAUUUAUCUUUCCAGAGACAGUUUUUACCGCUGUUACCGCCUACCAGAAUCAACUGAUAACCAAGUUGAAAAUUGACAGCAACCCUUUUGCUAAAGGAUUCCGGGACUCUUCCAGACUCACUGAUAUCGAGAGAGAAAGCGUGGAGAGCCUUAUCCAAAAGCAUUCCUAUGCCCGAUCCCCCAUUCGAACCUACGGAGAAGAUGAUCUCGGAGACGAUAGCCAGGCAACACAAAGCAGAGGGUCAGCCUUUACAACAUCUGAUAACCUGUCUCUCAGUUCCUGGGUAUCUUCCUCAACCAGUUUCCCUGGAUUUCAGCAUCCACAGUCUUUGAGUGCCCUGGGUACCAGCACUGCGUCCAUAGCUACACCCAUUCCUCAUCCAAUCCAAGGAUCUCUGCCCCCGUACAGCCGCCUGGGAAUGCCUCUUACACCCUCUGCUAUAGCCAGUUCCAUGCAAGGUAGUGGCCCCACCUUCCCUUCCUUCCACAUGCCUAGGUACCACCAUUAUUUUCAGCAGGGUCCUUAUGCAGCUAUCCAGGGACUGCGUCACUCCUCUGCAGUGAUGACACCAUUUGUAUGAGUGAUGUGAGACAAGAGAAACAUGAGAUUUUAAAUGUGCAAGUUUGGUAUGAAAAAUACAAGGGACCUUCCUGAAAGGCCUGUGGCAGGACUGCUGAACUCGUAACAAACCAGCUAAGAAAAUGCGUUAUGGAUAUAGAUUCCUCUAUUGAGGGAUCACAAGACGAGAGCAUGCAGCUUGGAGCUGCUCACAGAUCUAUGUGUAACACAGCCAAAAUGGAUCCCAAAGUUCCCAGGAUUUUUGGUCACAUGCAGCUUGUUUCAAAGGUGCAUUAUACCUAGUGGAAAGAGAUUGUGUUUAUGCAGCAGUGUACAAGUUAAUUGUGUAUAGGUCUUUUUUCAUAUGCUAGAAGAAUUCUGAAAAAGGCAAUACUCUUACUCAUCUUCAUCUCUUCCUGUGACUGAUGAGCAUCUCAGCAGAAAAACGUAUUGCUAUAACUUUGAGCAUGUUUUAGGCUAUCUCGGCAUGCAUUUGCUGGGAACGGGACAAAGUGGAGAAGUCCACUGUCCUUUUUAAAAGACUGGCUUAUAUUCACCAAAAGCAGUAUUUCUUAGUUGCUACUAUAAUCCCAAAGAGAAAAUUAUUAACAAGUCUGUCUGUCUGUCUUUGUUUCUUUCACAAAACGCUUACCAGUUCCAAAAAAGAACUGUGUUACAGGACUGUAGCAGUAAUGAUGUAUUCUGUCCUUCAGUCUAAAAAGAAGUUUGUCCUAUAUCCUAGGAGGAGCCAUUUAACUGUCUAUUGAGGUAUGAUGAAGGAAAAUGUUGAUUUGGGAAAAUCUGUUACUUAAACUUAGAAACCCAAGAUAUCGAAUCUUUAAAUCAGUGCUUGUUUGCUGCUGCACUUGCCACCACAGACCUGUUUCUAGCUGCAAAUGUGUACCAAGCUAACCGAAUUUCAGGCUAGAUCAGUCUAUAGACUCUCUGGAUCAAACUGUAAUCAAUGGGCUCAUAUAAGAUGAGUAGCAUUGAAGUAUCUUUCUACUUGUUCUGAUUUCUUGGGUUUGGUCACGGAUGUUAUUAUACAAGCUCUUUCUCCAGGAAAAUGAGGGUUGUACUGUCUGUUUUAUCUUGUCCCAGUAGAAUGGUGGAGUUUCCUUGGGAAAAUAUCAGUGCAGAACUUCACGUGUAAUUUUUUUUAAAUUCAUAUCUGCCUUUUUUCAGUUAGUAAUUAGGGUUCUCAUUCAAAGUACUGUCCACUUUUUCUAGUAUGUUAUGUCUGAUGCAACAGAAGUAUAAGAAAAAAUGUCCUCUCUGCAGAGAGCUAGCAUGAAUCCUUUGCACUGCUGAAAAGAGUACCAGUGCGAUGCUGGUUUUCUGUGUGGUGGGAGCUGGGAUUUCACCGUAAAUAAGAAGUAAACACAGAGUUUCUGUGUAGAGUUGCAUCCAAGUUAUAGAUGAUAACGCAUCUAUUGAUAAAAAAGAACUAGCAAUCCAAUCUCAUAUAUUAAAGAUCUGUGUAGAGCUGGAACACAGAAUGGAAAACAGACUUUUUUGGUUAUUUGACUAUUCUCCUCUACUUUUGACCAGUGUGUGUUGGUAUUGUAUGGUAAGAAGCGGAGUACAGUACACUGAGUCACCUACCUCCCACCUCUGUGAAGUGCAAGGCAAGUCAUGCACCUUUUUUUGUCCCAUUGCCUCGUCUUACAUGCCCCAUCACACAGAGCAAUGACAACCACCCAGGCUUUUCCCAGUUUCUACUGUAGGCCAGUACUUGCAUCCCACAGAUAAGGACCAUCUUUAUGUAUUUCCCAGUAGCUGACUUUAAAAUCUUGUCAAAUUGGCCAUUUCAAUCACCUCAGCUAUCUGCAGUAUCAUCCUAAUUUCCUUAUACUCACUGUUGGACCUGCUGAUAAAAAAUGACCUGAGGCAAUUUGCAACUUCUGUGCUCUGUAUGUGAAUGAAAAUGAACUUUUAUUUACAGUUUCUGGGUUCAGAGCUACUACAAGGAGUUCCAUAAAUAAAUAUAAUAGAUCAACCUCUGCAGUAUUUAAAUAGCUUAGAAUGAGACGCUGAAUUUGGCUUGAUGUAUCCAAAUACUAGAUUUUGCUCCAGGCUAUCAGAUUCACCUGAAAAGUGCAUGUUGCAAGGUUGUGUCUACUUAUGACCCAUUUUGAUAUAAACCCCCUAUUUUACAGGAAAUUAGAUGAUACUGGCCCCACAACAACAAAACUCUUCAUGUACAUAUGUGAUUCCACAGAAACGAGAAUUUCAGAGGAGAUUUGGAAGAAAAUUUUAAUUCCUCUCCUUCAGUUGCUUGACUUCUGUUAGAGUUGUAUGAAGGCCCUAUGAUGACAUGCACUAAAGCCUGUGGGGAAAUUCUAUUUAUCUGUUUCCCUCUGCAGCUCCAUUAACUUAUCUGAAGUUGCAGGGGAUGUGGUUAGGUUCAGAAUUCAAGCCAGUAGCUUUAAUGCUGAUACUUCCACCAGGAAAUGGUCAAGUAAGUAGGCAACUUUUAUACGACUCCAGAAAUAAGUUUGGAACACGUAGGCAGAUUUAGGCAUGCUUUAUAAGUCACAUAAAGCCUGCUUAUCCAUUGACCUGUCCUUCCUUUGUGAAGGAAAUUCAGAGAAAUAAACUGCACAAUCUCUUUAGCCCUGUCCCAGUCCCUGUUCUGAAAACACCAAUAUUUGACGUGCAGAAAUGCCCCUGAUACUGUUUCAGAGAAAAUUCUCCAGGCUCUUCCUGGAUAACGAAACUGGAUUUUGGAAACAUCAUUUACAAAAGUAUUAAAUGAAAGACCAGUGCUUUUCACUAUGAAUAAAAUACGAUUCGGAUCUGAAAAAGUAUGGCAGUAGACUGUCCCUAUAUAAAAACAUAAGGCCAAUUCCUCAUCCAGAUUCUCUGUGAUGAGUUUCAUAUUGUAGAUGAUGCAGAACUAUCUGUCAAAAUCCACAGCUUGAUUUUUCCAGUCAGAUCAAGUCUCUCUCAGUGGGCUUGUCCCUCCCCACACUGCUCUCUGGCAUAUGCUGCUCUCCAACGGUUUAAUUCCUUUGCAUCAGAAACCCACUGGGUUCCCCACUAAUGCAGAAUCACAGGCAGAUCCCAAGCAAGGGAAUGAAGGCAGCUUGUGAGAGCCUUCCCCAUGAAUAAGGUCAAUAGGUAUGUCCAGUUCUCACCUCUUCUUCUUUGCCCUCACAAUCCUACCUCCAAAACCUGUUGUGUAGAGUUGAGAUUGACAGACACCACAGGACGCCUAACGAAGAGGUCUUGCCACCUUGCAAGGUUUCUUCUCCCUGUCCCUCUCACCUCCCUGUGGGCAGGGGGCAGCAUGGGAGGGAUUCCAGGGAAAAAAUUCCUGCCCCGCUGCAGUCAGCCGCAAAUUUCUUGACUGUAACGGAGACGGGAUUUUAUUCAACGUUCUCACCUAAAAAUAAAGUCCGCUGUAAGAACAGUGACUGUGGUGACAGCAACAAUAUAGGAAUUCUACAGAAAGGACUAAAACCCAACAACACGAUCGGAAAGAAAAUGAAUGUAAAUUUGUAAUUAAUUGGUUAAAGAGUGAAAUCGCUUUUCCUAAAAAAAAUGAUCUGUACUACUUUGACAAUAACUCAGUAAUUUAUUUAAGGAGUUGCUGUACUGCUGUCAAAAUUACAUCACUUUCAGGACAGAACAUCUGUUGCUGGUAGACAGUCUAGGAAUGCCAAAUAUAAUCUAGAGUUUAUUUUCUAAUAUAAUUCACAUUUUGUAUCCCAUGAGAAGUGCUCUUCACCUUUAUGAGCUCUCUUGGCUGAGCAAACUGGUGCUGGUUUAUGUUGGGUUUUUUUUAAGAAGGGUAGAGAGAACAUGCCUGAAUAUGCUUUCAAAGAGAAUAAUAACAUUAUCCCCCAAAGUGUUACAAGUACUUUUGGGUACAAGUACUUCUGGAUUACCCUUUUAUCCAUAGUUAACAGCCUCAGGUAUUUAAUCCAACAAAAGUGUCCCAAAGACUAACAAAGCUGAUUUAGAUGCAUUUGUCUGAAUUUUUUUCUUCUACUUUUGGAGCUCUGAGAGAAGCUAGACUUAAAAAACAUUUUAAAUUUGGCUGCUUGGUUUGCAGUAUUGCUUUAUAUGGCCUGAGGCAGUGUCAAAGAUAGAAAUUCAGUGCCACUGGGUUUCAGUGGUACUAUUCUAGGUAUAAACUGACAAACAAGCAUAGACCAAGUGGAUAAAGGUACAGAGUUUCUAAUGGAAAUGCUUCUUUGUGAGUUCAAAGAUGGUAAGUUGUCUGAUCGCUAACAUACUUGGUAGUACAAUCUACAAAAUGCAAUUGCAAAUUUUCUCCCAGAAGGCUUUAUCCAUGGAGGUUGGGGCACUGCAUGAGCGUGUACACAUGAUGUUGCCACUUCCAACAUCCAGCAAACACUGACCAGCAUUUGAAAAUGAACCUCUUUAAAACUGAAAAUAUUUGGGCUGGCAACUUGAUGAUGCACUACAUCCUCUUUAUGUGUGUGUACUAUAGGGAAACGGAAAUGUCAGUGAAAACCAUUGCAAAAACUUGGGGAGCUUUCCAAAACUAUAAGUUUAUAUAAAUUGUGGUAAUUUACCCCUAGAUAAGGUGUAAAAGCAACAGUGAGAUCAGUGUAACACUUAGGGCUCCUUAUCUGGGAGGCAGUUGUGGCCACAGCGCUUACACUCAUCAUCUGCAGAGGGAUGACGUUCACUCACUGAAAGAUUAAUUUUGGUUUUAGUGAGAUCCUAUUCUCACUAUUCCUUACAGAGCAUUUUCUGCUGCAGGAGUUGUGGUUUCUUUACUAACCACUUACUUGCUGGCCAGAGGAUUUAUGUAUUACUGUGUAAUAAACUGCCCUUGCGUAUCAUCUGUAGUUUAUCAAAUGGCAACUUCUUUUUCUUUAUUUUAUCUUUUUAAAACAAAACUAAGCAGUAAUUUAAGUAAACUCUGAAAUAACUUUUAAUGAUAGUUUAAGGACAAAAAAUACAGUUUGCUGUAUUUUACCUUUAGCACAUUUAAACAAUCUUUUUAUUAUUAUUAUUAUUGUACCUUCAGAAACAUGAGGAAGGAUUUGGUUUAAAAAUAAGGAAGGCAAAAAACUGGAUGUAACCUCUUUAACAGAAUGUACCACAGUUCUGCUGUUUGCUGUGUUGACUUUGUUGUUUAUAAUGCAUUGCUGAGCACAUUCACCAUGUAUUGAAGUGUGUGUUUGUGUGUAUGGGGUGGGGGUAGGGGGAAAUCUUUUUAUGGAAAAAGGAGUUAUGAACGUAAACUAUGAAGCAACAUCUAAUGAAAAGUUUCUUUUUAAGUGCAAUAUAUUUAUUUCUGCUAGAAAUAUAAUAUCAAUAUUAUGUAAUAUUUGAAGCAUUAAAUGUUAUUUGUAAACAGCUUAAAAUUAUAUAUAUAUAUCACAAAAAUUGUACAGAAGUGCAAAUGU